AUGGCUGCAAGCUUAGGCGCAACCUCGUUAGGUGAAGUACACCAUGAAAGGCUGGAUGAGCUUCUGCAUGAUUUGGCAAAUGUUUGCCCUGCCAGUGAAGACUGUCAAAGACCUUCACUCGGGAUCCCAGUUCUCGAUGCGCUAGUCGAAGUCUUCAUGCUGAAGACUAUGGGCCCUGUUCCUCAUCACCAGGAUCAAGAUCAUGAUAUACCCCCGGGAUCGCUGCAAGCGGAAGAACGAGAGCAACUUCUUCCUGAGGACGAGGAGAUGCUCUUUACCGACGAGUUCGGAGAUGCCGCACUUGAUGAACAAAUAGCCCAGCACAAUCUCUUCUUCGACUCGGCCUAUAGGACCAAACGGCCAAUUCCGACCGUUGAGAUAUCUAGCAAUCUUUCGGGUGCUGGAAAAUCACAGUUACUCUAUUACAUGACAGCGCUUGCAGUUUUGCCUCGGCAGUAUGGCAAUAUCCUCAUCGGCGGACAGGAUUCGGCUGUGGUGUUCAUUGAUGCCGAUGAUCGUUUUGAUGUUCACAGGCUACGGGUGGUAGCUCGAGGGAUUGUACAGCAGGCACAUGAUUCAAUUGUUUCUGAGAAGACAGAAGGUAGAGGGGUGUCCGAUGAUGACUUCGAAGAUUUGCUCUCUUCUGCACUCAAGCAUGUCCAUAUUUUUCGUCCUCAAUCGUCAUCGGCACUCCUCGCCACACUUGCCACGCUGGAUGCAUACCUUUAUGCUAUCUCUCGGCAUUACUCUGCGUCAUGUCCGCUACAGAUGAUUGCCAUUGACAGUGCUACGGCGUUCUUAUGGCAAGACAAAUUGCGUGAUAGUUUUGCUCGGACAGAGGAUUUAGGACGCUCUCGAGAGGAAAACGAUGAACUGCGCGAGCUGAAGCAGAGCUUUCAUUUCGUCGAUCUUUAUACUGAGAUAGUCAAGGAGCUGAAGCGUCUACAGGCCCGGUUUGGAUGCACCGUCGUCUACACAACGACCGUAUCUGCCUUCAGGCCGAACAAGGCCAACGGCGGAAAUGGUCCCUUGCGCCCUUACGACCAAUCUCCAUCUCGGACCCCGGCUCUCCCACCUGCUCUCCCGGCCCCUUGGGGAGAAUUUCCACUUCUACGUCUGGUAGUCCAGCGAGAUGCUACUCGUUCGUUCCCGCCUUCAAUGAGUGCGCACGAUGCAAGGAAAGAUGCGCCUAUGCGGCAAAAUGCAGUUCGCCAGGGCAAGUUCUCGGCCUAUGUCAAUGCCUGGAGACAAGAGGAGUGGCCUCGUCGGGUAGUAGAAGGUCUCAGAGCCUAUGAUGAUGGAAGCUUUCCCUUUUAUGUCCGAGGGCAUGGAAUCCAUGUCCCUCUGCCUGGGGCAUGA